CCUGCAGUUCACUCCGGGAAGGAGGCCUUGUGAGUGAAGAUCCUAGAGAUGGGGGACUGAGCCGAUACUGUGACAUGGCAGGUGGGGAGGUGACAGAAACGAUGUGCCCUUCCGAAGGCUGUGAGCAAGAAGAGAGGGUAAAAUAGCCAUUGCAUAGGUGGUCGCGGAGUGGGAGUGCUGAGGGAGGAAUCUGCCCAAACUUCAGGAAAUGGACAGCAGGAAACACCCUGGAGGGCAGGGUUGGCUGGGUUAGCGCUCCAGGGCCUUCCCGGGUUCACGGGGAAUCUGUAAGGCACGCAGCGCCUGGGCACGUACGCACAAGUGUCCAAGUCCACAGAGAAUACAGCUCACAGCGGUCAAAGUCAUCGUCACUGAGACUGUACAGUCAGGGCGUUGGGGCAUUGGCGAUCGGAGUGAUUGGAGAAGCGGGGGUCAUUGGGUGACUCCCACCUCUGCUGUGUCUGUGAGGCGACAUCCAGACACGCCCCCUUUUCUCAGCAGCUCCCCUCUCUGCCCAGUUCUGUCCUAGAAGGACAGACAUAGGCCCGUGGCCACCUGCCAAGGGAGGCCAGGGCGGAGGACUGGACCCGGGAGGCGGCGUAAGGUCUUCAGAUAUCGCCGCCGCGGCCACUCCUUUAGACUCUGGCCGUGCAGAGCCUGGGGGCGCUCUGCCGCCGCCUUAUAAACGGCCCAGCGCAGGCCGCCCGGGCCGGGAGGCGGGGACCGGGCAUUGGCGGAGUCAGGGGCGCCCGCCUGCGCCCACCUGUUGCGGCAGCGCGGGGCGACCGGCGGUGGCGGGAACAUGGGGCGCUACUCGGGCAAGACGUGCCGGCUGCUCUUCAUGCUCGUGCUCACCGUCGCCUUCUUCGUGGCCGAGCUGGUCUCGGGCUACCUGGGCAACUCCAUCGCGCUGAUCUCCGACUCCUUCAACAUGCUGUCGGACCUGAUCUCGCUGUGCGUCGGGCUGACCGCCGGCUACAUCGCGCGGCGCCCCAGCGGGGACUUCAAGGCCACCUACGGCUACGCGCGCGCCGAGGUGGUGGGCGCGCUCAGCAACGCCGUCUUCCUCACCGCGCUCUGCUUCACCAUCUUCGUGGAGGCCAUGCUGCGCCUGGCCAGGCCCGAGCGCAUCGACGACGCCGAGCUGGUGCUCAUCGUGGGCGCCCUGGGGCUGGCGGUCAACGUGGUGGGGCUGCUCAUCUUCCAGGACUGGGCCUCCUGGUUCGCCUGCUGUGGCCGCCGCCGCCGCCGCCGCCAGCAGCAGCAUCAGGAGCAGCUGGCCCAGGGCGGCCCUAGCGGCGCUCUCGGGGGUCUGCAGGGCACAGAGGGCCGGUGGCACGCCGGCCGGGACUCGGUCGUGACCCUCCGCGGGGCUUCGGUGGAAAGGAAGAAGGAGGAGGGGGCGACCGUGUUCUCAAACGUAGCAGGUGAUUCCCUGAACACCCAGAAUGAGCCAGAAGAGACUGUGAAAAAGCAGAAAAAGUCCGAAGCCCUGAAUAUCAGAGGUGUACUUUUGCAUGUGAUGGGAGAUGCCCUGGGGUCAGUGAUUGUGGUCAUCACAGCCAUCAUAUUCUAUGUGCGUCCCCUGAAAACUGAGGACCCGUGUAACUGGCAGUGCUACAUUGACCCCAGCCUGACUGUGGUCAUGGUCAUCAUUAUUUUGUCAUCUGCCUUCCCACUCAUCAAGGAGACUGCUGUUAUUCUCCUGCAGAUGGUCCCCAAAGGAGUCAACAUGGAAGAGCUGAUGAGUAAACUCUCCAACGUGCCCGGAAUCAGCAGUGUACAUGAAGUGCACAUCUGGGAGCUUAUAAGUGGAAAGAUCAUUGCCACCCUGCACAUCAAGUUUCAGAAAGACGGGGACUAUCAGGAUGCCAGCAUCAAAAUUCGAGAAAUCUUCCACGAGGCAGGAAUCCACAGCGUGACCGUACAGUUUGAGAAGGUGGACGUGAGGGAGCCUCCAGAGCAGGGGGACCUGUUGCUCUGCAGCUCACCCUGCAUCUCCAAGAGCUGUGAGAAGCAACUGUGUUGUCCCCCUAGGCCUCUGCCUCUGGCCCAUGUCAAUGGCUGUGCUGAGCACAAUGGCGGUCCCUCACUAGACACACACCAAAGUGACAGCCUUGGGAGACAAGAAACCACAGAAGUGACUAUUGAAGUAUCUUUGGAUGGCUCUCUGAGUGAGCACGGACAAGCUCUUAGCAAAACUCAGGAGGACCAAUGUUAUGUCAACAGCACCCAUUUUUAAUCUGGUACCCACAUAAACAGACUGUAUAGACAAGACUCUUUGAAACUACUGGCUUGGCUUGGGAAAGCGCUUUGUGGGUUGUAGAUACUGACCACUCACAAUGUGCACGCUCUGUGUUCAGUAAGAGGUUGGCUGUUUGGGAUGUUAGUUGAACAUGUCUCUUAAUUUUGAUGUGACGGAUAACCUCUUUGCACUGUCCUGGGUGUCUCAAGCUGCUCUUCUACAGUUUUAGUUUGAACAUUUAUUUUCGGAAGCAAACGGCACUAGUCUAUAGAUCAGGGACAUUGAAGGCUGGGCCUCAAUGGCUGUGGACACAAGGAUUCAAGGUAGUGUUUGUUUUAAACUGAUUAGAACUCCUAGCUGACUCUCAGGUGAGGUCAUAGCCAAGUACAUAAAAAAACAAAGAACAUUAAGAACCAUAAUAGCUAUAUUUUCCCCCAUUCCACUGGAAGGAAAUGCUUUUUGACUACCUCUUCAUUUCGUGAGGUGGAGAGAAACUACUAUUUACUUUCUGCUGUGAACUGAACGUCAGCUAUAGGGUGUUUCAAGUGUUUAAAUACAUAAAAUAUUUUUUUUCCCACUUGGAAGUGUGGAAAUAUUUCUACAUCCUUAAAUAUGACACAAGUGUGUAUAUACUGUUUUUUUUUUGGGGGGGGGGGAAGAUUAGCCCUGAGCUAAUACCCACCUCCAAUCUGCCUCGUUUUGCUGAGGAAGAGUGGCCCUGAGCUAACA